UACCGCCAAAAACACUUGCCGAGCUUAAGCCGCGUACAGAGCGCGCAGCCUCCUCUCCGGCCCUCUAUAUGCCAGUUUCCACCGUUCUGAGGAGCCUCCCAAAUUCCCGCCUCCGCGCAGUUACGCAGUCCGUCUGCCGGACGUGGUUCCGAAGGAGGGAGACGCCGGAAGUCCCACCUCCACGGAACGCGGAAAAACUCCUCUCUGGGGCCGUCAUUGGCUACGUCGGUACGAACGCACAGCAGCGCCCUCUCCUGUCGCCUUGGCAACGAGCAAGCGGCACCGCGAGGGGAGCUGGGAAAUGAGGCCCUAAAGUGACGCUGGAGCUAAGUUAAUGAAGGCGUCUGGAGGCGGCCGGACUUCGGCGUUGCUCUAGCUGUGUUCUUCUUGCAGCUGUGGGUGGAGACCAGCACUUGGAGAGCCGCGUUGCCGAGAAGAGGGUCGGGGACCCUCGUGGCGCCUGUGCGCGCGCCGUGACCCUCGGAAAUAACCCCAUUUUUCUAAGACUCGGUGUCGCCCACUGCGGAACGGGUGCCGGAGGGUCAGGGCCUCCCGCGGGCGGUUCCCUGGUCUUUGAGCACAUUUUACACGGAGGAGACCUAGCUUCGAAGGUUCCGCGGUCGGCCGGAGGUUCCUGCGCCCAAGGCGGGGUGGUAGGUACGGAUUUGAGCUGAGUAGACCGGAAUUCGGCGCCUAUCGCAGCCAAGCUCCGUCCACAGCUUCCGAUGGCCGAGGAGGCGCUGGGGCUGGUGACCUUUGAGGAUGUGGCUGUGUAUUUCUCCCGGGAGGAGUGGGGGCUCCUUAAUCUGACUCAGAGGAGCCUUUACCGUGAUGUGAUGCUAGAGAACUUUGCACUUAUUGGCUCGCUGGGAUUUGCAUCUUCAAGGUGCCAUGUGGUUGCGCAGCUGCAGAGUGAAGAAGAGUUCUGGGUUCCCAGCAUGGUGGACCUGACUCUGGUCAGCAGAGUUGAGGCCAGGAGCGGUCCUGGUCCUGGUCCUGGUUGUCCAUGUAGCCUGAAGGGUGGGGAAACCCCUACAGAGCAGAUGAAGAGUUACAGAGUCUACCUGUCAGAGAAGCCCUCUCUGCUUGGGGAGUCUGGGAAGGACGUGCCUACCACCUUAGGUCUUCUCCGGCACCAGGCCACCCACAGCAAGGGGAAGCCACACAGGAGCACCGAGCAUGGAGAAGCCUUCCAACCCAGCUCCAGUAGCCAACAGCAGCAGGCAGUCCACGCCACACAGAAGGCCUUCAAGUGCAGUGACUGCGGGAAAGCCUUCCCAAAGGCCUUUGCGCUCCUUGACCACCUGGUAACCCACCCCAAAGAGAGACCCUUUAGAUGUCCAAAAGGUGGAAAUGCCCCCAAGGAGAAGUCCACCCAUGUUAAUUACCAAAAAAUUCACACUGGAGAAACAUCCCAUGUGUGUACUGAGUGCGGAAAGGCCUUUAGUUAUCCCUCUAAACUGAGGAAGCACCAGAAGGUUCACACGGGCAUAAAACCUUUCAAGUGUGAUGAAUGUGGUAAAACCUUCAACCGCAAAGAUGCACUCGUUCUGCACCAGAGAAUUCACACUGGAGAAAGGCCUUAUGAGUGCAGCGAAUGUGGGAAAGCCUUCAGCGUUCUGUCUACUCUCAUUCGGCACCGGAAAGUUCACAUUGGAGAAAGGCCCUAUGAGUGCAGGGAAUGUGGGAAGUUCUUUAAAUACAACCAUAGCUUCAUUCUUCAUCAGAGAGUUCACACUGGAGAAAGGCCUUAUGAGUGCAAGCAAUGUGGGAAAACUUAUGUGACCCGCUCUGGCCUGUAUCAGCACUGGAAAGUUCACACUGGAGAACGGCCCUAUGAGUGCAGCCUGUGUGGGAAGACCUUCACCACCAGGUCCUACCGCAAUCGGCACCAGCAGUUCCACACUGAAGAGAGGUCCUAUGAGUGUACAGAAUGUGGGAAAGCCUUCAAACAUAGUUCUACCCUUCUUCAGCACAAGAAAGUCCACACUGGAGAAAGGCCAUAAGAAGACAGGGGAAGUUGGAAAGCCUGUAGCUAGGGCUGGCACCUUGUUCAACAUGAAAAACCUCACUCCAGAAAGGAGAGGAGAGUAGCCAUUUGAAAGCUAAACCUGGCACACCCCAACACAUGCGCUGGGGUGGCAGGUGUGUGGGAAGUUUUCAGGAGCUAGGUUGCACUUGGACCUGCCUAGGCUGUUGGCAGUGUUAAGUUGCUGCCAGUUUCCGUGAUACAAACCAUCUUAGCUCCACCACCUGGCAGGUUCCCAAGGUGUGCAUCAGGCACCGCAAUGUGCCCUGGAACAGCAAGACCUCCAUGGUCGCCACUCUUUAAAGGAGAGAAUCAUGAGUGGUGGAGUCCGUGAUGGGCCUCAUUUGCUCCCUCCAACUGGUUCAGGUAUGCCUGUGACCAAGCUCUGGUCAAGAGUAGCUGAGCUGUGUCUACUGGGGGCUUCCAGAGAAGGUUAAUCCUUUCCAUGGACAUCGUUUACACUACGCAUGGUACCUGUCAUGGAUUUAUCCAACCCUGGAACUGACUGUCUCACACUUCCCUGGAAUGUAUGGUAAUAAAAGCUUUAUUGUUUAAGCCAUCUUUAAUAUUGGGGGUUCUGAUCACUGUGUGUGAAGAGAUUGAGAACAAAACUGGGCUCAUGAAUAGAAGGACUGGCUUCCGUGGUAAGGGGUCCUUGACUUUUGUUGCCUUACUGGGGAUAGCAGGAUGUUCACCUCAUGGCCAUCACCCUGGUCCUGAGAGAAGGAAGAUCCUGUUGUCCUGGGAUGUGGCCAAUGUUCCUAGUGUCUCUGCAUACUGUGGCCUUCAUUGUCUUUGCUGCCAGUGUGCCAGGGCACAGAGGAAAGAAGUGGUCGAACCGACAUAUGGACCCGUAUCCUCUGGUUUGUGGGGUCUUUUGAUUUAAAAAAUUUUGGAAACUAAUUUCCCAAAGGUCAAUAAAAUGUCAGUUCAGCAAAACUUGUAUGUUGGUUUUAGCUGUGUCCCUGUUCCAAAAGUUAUGCUUCCUGUCAAGAAGAGAAUGUUCGUUUGAAGCACGUUGGAGAGAGAAUGGUGACCCUAGGCUUAAGGGGCUUUGAGCCACAGUGCUCAGCCAUUACCAUGUGUUGGGGUUGGAAAUGACUGCUGCCUCCUAUAACUGGAGUGAUGCUUCUCCCCCACCCCUGAUGGCAGGAGGACUGGGGGUAGAAACAGGGUAGAAGCCCAGGCAGGCUUAUAGUCAGGGGACUUUUUGGCCAGUCUGCUCAGUUUCUUCCCAACACUGUGAAGUAUAUGCCCACCUCCAGGCCUACUCAGGCCCUACUCCCUGCGUAUAGUAAUUGUUUGCCUGCAGCAUGGUGGGGGUGGGGGUGGGGGUUGGUCUGUGUUGUAGCAGAGUUAAAGUCCAGCUGAGCCAAGUAGGGCUCAGUUCUUGGGGUAGGGUAGACAUCAGUCAUUAGAGUUCAAUCCUUUGUACCUUGUAUGGGUGGCCUUGGUUAGAUCAGAUGGCCCUGAGCACAUGGGUGAAGGGUCCUCUGAACCAGCUUUCUGGUCUCCCAUUGGGGUUGCUUGUAUAGCAGCCAACCUGCUGGGGAGGGGGUGAAGGGUAAU